AUGGAGACGUUAAUAUAUUUUUUUUGUUCCACUUUCAGUUUGGAUCCGGGUGAAAAAGAACAGUUGGUCGAAAUAAUUGAACGGCUUCUAGCGGACAAAACCACACUGGUCAUCGGCAGUGCAGUUCGGGCAUUUGAAGAAGUUUGCCCCGAACGCCUAGAUCUGAUUCAUCCACACUACCGAAAACUGUGCUCUUUGCUCAUGGAUGUUGAUGAAUGGGGUCAAGUUAUUCUGAUGAACAUGCUCACUCGGUAUGCUCGAACACAGUUCCUUGAUCCGGACCGCAACGCUCUCAUUGAGGCCAAAAUGCGAUCUGGAAAGGAAUCGGAGCUAGUAUCAUCCCCACCAGGGGAACACGGUCCUGAUCAAAGCACGAUUAACUUGGGUGCUGGGGACCAACUCACACCGGAUGGAAUAAUCCCGUCAUAUGAGUACCCCCUGUUGGACGCUUUGCCGCUACUCCAGUCCGAUUAUAACGUACUGGUCGAAUCAUGUCGAUUUCUCUUGCAGAGUCGAAAUACCGCGUCUGAUACGAAGAAACGAGAGAAAGAACUGAAAAGCUGCAAAUGCUAUUAA